AAACCUUAAACCCUGAGAAGGAACUCAUUUUUGGUUUCACAGAAAAUCAAAAGAAGAACACACCAAACCGUUGCCAAUGGGUUUCGCUUGGUGCGUACGCAGGUCAGCAUCUAGAUUAGCUUCCGUAUGUGGUAAUCGGAUGGGUAGAGUCCGGUCAAUCUCCGCCGUUGUUAACCGUCAUUCUCUUGCUCCCACCACAUCUCCGUUUCGCUCUUUUGCCCUUUACUCGACGGCUAUUGAUCGGAUGAGCUCCGAGCAAUCGCUUCUCCGCGUGAUUGACUCCGAGAUCAACUCUGCUCUCCAAAUCGAUGAUCCCGACCUGGAUGAAGAGACGGCGCCAGGAAGCUUCCCUUUCAAAAUUGAAGACAAUCCUGGGCAUCAGACUGUAACGUUGACUAGAGAUUACAAAGGGGAGCAUAUCAAAGUUGUAGUGAGCAUGCCUAGUCUCGACGGUGAUGAAAACGACGAUGAGGACGAUGAUGAUGAGGAUGGUCAUAACAAUGGAUCAAGUAUUCCACUUGUUGUGACUGUUACCAAGAAGAGCGGGCUUAGCUUAGAGUUUAGCUGUAUGGCUUUCCCGGAUGAGAUUGCCAUUGAUGCUUUAUCUGUGAGCAAUCAGGGGAGUACUUUGGAGGAUAAAUUGGCGAAUGAAGGGCCUGAUUUCGAAUGCUUGGACGAGAAUCUGAAGAAGACAUUCUACAAGUAUCUGGAGAUCAGAGGAGUGAAAGCAAGCACUACAAACUUCUUGCACCAGUACAUGAUGAGGAAAGUGAAGAGAGAGUACUUGCUCUGGUUGAAGAAUGUUAAGAAGUUUAUGGAAGAGUAAUAGGUAAGGUCGAAAUGUAUGAAUGAGUUUAUGUUCGUUAUUUGCAUGCAUGUGUUUUCACAUUUACAGAAUCUUUGAGAAUUUAUGGGUAAUGACUUUUAAGUUUA